UUGACAGGCAGCAUGUUUUGAUUUGCGGCAUGUUUGUGUUCUGCUCCGCUUUUAUCGUUGAAAAUCAGGGAAAAUGAGUGUUUACCACGACGAAAUAGAAAUUGAGGACUUUGAAUAUGACGAAGCGGAGGGUGUCUACCACUAUCCCUGUCCCUGUGGCGACAGAUUCGAAAUCUCCAAGGAAGAGCUGAUAGCCGGAGAGGAAACUGCAACGUGUCCCAGUUGCUCACUCAUCGUCAAAGUAAUCUACGAUCCCGACAUGUUCAAAGCUGAGGAGGACGAAGUGAUCCUGGAUGAGAAGCUGAAGAAUUUGUCAUUGGAGAAGAACUGAAUUACAGCCACUAGCUGGUAUUUAUUUGUAUAUAUCUUUUAUUACAUUAAUCAGUAAAAUGUAAACACAA